AUGGCACCACCGCAGCCAGCUCCCUCAAAACGAGGACCGAGUAGCGUCCUGGCUAGGAACCUCUCCGACACAAGACCAUCUCCGCUGCGACAACAGACAUCACGAUUGAUGACGGUGGAUAGUGUCCUCCAGUACUCCUCAGAUGUCCCCUCAGCACAGCGACGAAUCCCCGAUAGGCCCAGAGCAUACCGUACAGGGUCCGGUAGGCCCGUUGACCCACGUCUGACCGGCCGCUUUGCACCUGCGUUACCUUCGAGGUCAACAAAGACUUCUGAGAAGCUCGUGCUAUUGCCUGAAACUCCGGAAGAGGAUGAGGACGAGAAGGGCGAUUUUGGGAAAGACUCGGACACGGGUCCUCCGAAGGACGACGACGACUAUCGCAAGCCUGGGAGGGAUAAUAUGAAGAGCUAUGCUGAAAGAUUACCGAAAUCGAGAAGAACGGAGAAGGAGUUGCCUAGAGUCACGGCGUAUUGCACAGCGCAGGCGUAUCGACUGCAGAGCACGGCUACUUUCGUAAGGCAGAGACAUGGCGCACGGGCCAAAUUGUACGAUGACUGCUUGUUCUGUGCCUAUCAUCUGCCGCUAUUGCCAGGCUUGGAGGGCUACAGGAUACGAAGUAGCCCGCCCUUCAAGAGCGCGAAAGGCGGAAAUUUGCUAGAUGAGGCCAUCGAAAGGAGUGAGCAACGCGACUGGCGUGGCUCCUUCUAUGAGGAGGAAGAGCACUCAGUCCGUGGUAAUGAGGGACAAGAAGGAGAUGAGGACGAACGACCGGCCAUCAACGGCCAUCGCAGAGACAGCAACCAAUCGAACAGGUCGAAUCGAUCUGCCAGUCCUGGCCCGAAUGCUUCAGCUGAUGCAUAUCGGUACGCGGAGAUGUUUGUUUUCGGAUACGGCGUUGUCGUCUUCUGGAACUUCAGCGAACGACAGGAGAAGGACGUACUCGCUGAUCUGACGUUCUCGACAAUACUCGAUCCGAGAACGAACGUGUCCACGCCAGUGUCACUGGCCACAAAUCCAUUCGAGGAGGAAGAUUUUGAGACGGAAGAGUUUCACUUUGAGUACAACAACGAGAUCAUGCGGCCUCGAGUAUACAACGACAUGAUCACUCUCCGCACUGGUGACCACAUGAUCAAGCUCGCCAUCAGUCACGCGAUUGCUCAGAGCACGAAGUUAAGUUUCUUCGAAGAGACGAUGAGCACACAAAUGGAAGAAGCCAAAGAUGUGCCAGGACGUCUGGCCAAAACUGGUGAGCUAGGGAUGAAGCGCGAAGAUGUCAUCAAACUGCUUGGGGGACUCUUCCGCAGUCGGGUCGACGUAAAUCUUUCCUCCAAUGUCCUCGACAUCCCCAGCUUCCUCUGGGACAGCGAGCCCACGCUGCAUCCUCUUUACGUCGCCGUCCGAGAGUACCUGGAGAUCAAGCCACGCAUUCAAGUCCUCAACGAGCGCUGCAAAGUCUUCCUCGACCUUGCAGAGGUCUUGUCAGACUUCGUGUCGGAUGACAAAAUGUCAAAGAUAACUUGGAUCAUCAUCGUCUUGAUCGCAAUAUCAAUUCUAGUCACGUGCUCAGAAGUGUUCCUGCGCUUUGGAAUUCUCAACAGCACGCGAGGUGCUGCCGGAAAGGCAAUAAGGGCUGCAGCUGCUGGGGCUUUACCGAACACAUGCGAGCUGUGA